GGGCGGGGCAGGGUGCCGCCGCCCCAGCCAGCCCCUGGUCUCAGGCCCUGUCCCUUGCUCACGGGCAUCUUGAGAGGGGGCUUCCCCUCCCCCGAACUGUGACCCUUAGAGCUCUGAGCAGAGCCUGGUUUGAUGUCAGGAGCUGAGGACAGCGUUUAGGCCACUAGGUUCACGUAGGGCUUCCGCACUGGGGGGUCAGCCUGGUGGGCGGGGCUGAAGGGACCAGACCAGCCCUGACCCGUGCUGCGCUGCUUUGGUGAGGGUCCGCCAGAGAGGUCAGAGGGCAGACAAGCCCAGCCUGGUAGGCCUGCAGCCCUCGUUUACAGUGAGUGAUGUCACAGUGCCCCGCCUCCUGGGCAUGGGCUCCCGCCCCCCAGCACUGCCUCUGCAGUCAGCCUGGCCUUGGUAAGUGCUGCUGGCCCCGGGGAGGGAGGCUCGAGGGGGUGGCCAGGGACCUCUCUGAGCCUGGGCCUCCGCCCCUGCAUCGGGUGCUGUGAGAGACCCCGGCGAGCCCCUCAGAGCACAAAGGGGAGUCUCCCUGAAGUCCCAGGUCGGUCGGGACUUGGCCCACACGUCCCGGGGUGAUUGGAAUUGGGUUUUGGUUUUGGUCGGGGGGCUGUAGACCCUGCGGUGAGUGGCAGGAAGGGUUUGCUGUCCCGGGGUGAAAGUCUGCCCCCUCGGGGGGCCUCCUCCCUGGGGUGAGGGCCCAGCAGGUCUGCCCUCGCUUAGGCUUCACCAGGUGACCUUGCAGCAGCAGGAGACACUGGGGCCAUCCUGAGAGCAAGCUGCUUAGCCCCAGGCAGUCGGCCUGGUGCUUCUGCUUCUGGGCGGGCACAGGGUCCAGAGUAGGGUCUCGGGAGGAGUCCCUGUGCUAGUCAAGGCCGUCCUCUAGAACAGGCCAGCCAGGUGUGAGCUCGGGGACCCCUAGGUGCACCCUAAGAGCAGACUGGCCUCCAGGGCUUUCUGGGCUUGAGCUGCUUCUAGCCGGAGGCUGCGGUGGCCCAGGCCCCUUGGUUCUGCUGAAUAGGGUCUGCUGUAGAAUUCUGGGCUGCCCAGCAAUGGGGCUAGCCUUUACGGGGCACCAUGCCUGGGAGCAGAAUGGGGGGCCCUGUGCCAGCGGCAGGGCCGAGGCCAUCGCCUCGAGGCUGUUUGCGCACGCCCUGUGGCCCAGCAGCCCUCAGUCUUGCACGGGGGCAGCAGGUGACGAGGGCUACUCUGAGCUCAGGCUUCUGGACAGAGGCUUAUCCAGUAGCCACAGUGGCAGGUGUGUGGAGCCCCUUACACCAAAAGGCGCUGGAGUGCAGGGAGGAUCUCGCGUCCUAGGACAGGACUUGGAGGUUCCCACAUGGUUCCUUUAGUUUAGGUGCACCCACGGGUGUGAGUUGAUUGUCUCCUGGUCAGGAGGCAUCGGCCGCUGACCAAGGAACCUGAUUAACUGCCAGAGCCACUGGCUUCCUUCCCUUUUAGACACUCACUCCCUGGCAUCUCCCCUGAUGUGGCCUCGCAGGGGUGGGUGCUCCACCCUCUGUUCCCAGGUGCCCCUUGGCUAAGAUCUUCUAGCUUCCCUUGGAACAUGCACUGCUCAGGAUGGCGGUGUGGCCGUGCAGGUGGGGGACUCAGAUGAGGCAGAAUGUGCCAGGAGCGGGGCCGUCCUCUGAGACCACCAAGUGCAUUUCUAUAAAACAGAAGCCCGAGUGCCUCAGGGAGGUGGCCAGGCUUAGCAAAAACGCAGGACGUCCAGUUAAAGUUUCAGAUGAACAGCGGCUAACUUUUCAGAAUAAGUGAGGCUCUAAUGUUUCACGGGACACACUUGUUCUAAAACUCAUUUGCUGUUGAUGUAAAAGUUGAAUUAGCUGAGCGCGUCCUGUGUUUAUUUGGCCGCUGUUCUUGGGGUUCACCGAAGAGGUUUCUGUAGCCAAAGAGGUUUGGAAAGUGUUCUCUGGGCCCCCUUGGAGAGCCUGGGUGCAUGUUGGAUGAGAAAAGGCAAGUUUUGCGGUUAGGAGGAUACACACGUGCAACCACACCACGCAUUACGUGCUCGUGCGUGUUUACUGCUUCCCCAGCUCCCCAUGCAUGCUGCCCCGGGGCACCCCUCCGGGCGGCCGAGCAGGGAGGGGCGGGGGUGCCGUCUGCCCACGGCCCGCGGUGUUGCAACUGCCCUUUGUGCUUGCUUUUUAACGCUGCGUGGAAGAUGAGCGGGAAGGCCUCCUGUGCCCUGGAGACGGUCUGGGAAGACAAGCAGAAGUACGGGGAAGCCGAGCGGCGCUUCUACGAGCACGAGGCCAUGAGAGCCGCCGCCCAGCAGCUCCCGGCCGAGGCACUGGCAGUGAACGGGCCGGGCCGGGAGGAUGAGGCCGAGGAGGCGGGCGCCCCCAACGGCAACGGCAGCAGCGAGCCCGGGAAGAGCCACAAUGGGAAGAAGCCGUUGCAGAAGCCGAGAACGCGCUCCCCGAGGGGCUGGCUCAGCCAGGGGGACCUGGCCCUCGUGGGCCUCUCAGCCGACCACGUCUGGCUAGACAAGCCGCUGUUCGACCAGGCGGAGAGCUCGUACCACCAGAGGCUGGCAGAUGCGGCCGCCGAGGCAGCCCGGCCUCCCGCCCUGGCCCCUGGGGCCCUCUGCGCCCUCGGAAGCCAGGUGGCCUGCCACCACGUGACCUGGGGCGUCUGGGUCAACAAGUCUUCCUUUGACCAGGCUGAGCGGGCGUUCGUGGAGUGGUCUCAGGCCUUGCUGCUGGCUGCGGAGGGGAGCGGCGGGCAGGGGGCUCCCGACACGGGCCAGUGGGCGGCCGGCCCUGACCUGCACCUCAUCCGCCAGCCCAGCCCGCCAGCCAACGGCCAGCCCCCACUGGGCAGCCUGCAGGCGCUGGUGCGGGAGGUGUGGCUGGAGAAGCCCCGCUACGACGCGGCCGAGAGGGUCUUCUACGAGGCCCUGUUUGACGGCCACCCCCCUGGGAAGGUGCGCUUGCAGGAGCGAGCCGGUCAGGCUGAGGGCGCCCGGCGCGGCCGCAGAGACCGGCGGGGCCGCAACGCCGUGGGAAGCCGGCGGCUCGGGCCGCGGCGGGUGGACGGGGAGGCCUCCUCUGCCCUGCCCUACCGGUACUUCCUGCACAAGGAUGCCGAGGCCCCCUGGCUCAGCAAGCCGGCCUACGACAGCGCAGAGUGCCGCCACCACGCCGCCGAGGCCCUGCGCAUGGCCUGGCGCCUUGAAGCUCCGUCCCUGGUUCACCGACCCAGCGCCCGGUCUGGCCCUUCCAUGUCCAGCCUGAGACCCAAGAAAAUGGCCACAAACUUUCUAGUGCACGAGAAGAUCUGGUUUGACAAGUUCAAAUAUGACGAUGCAGAAAGGAAAUUCUACGAGCAGAUGAAUGGGCCCGUGGCCGGCUCCUCACGCCAGGAGAACGGCGCCAGCGUGAUCCUCCGUGACAUCGCGAGAGCCAGAGAAAACAUCCAGAAGUCCCUGGCCGGGAGCUCAGGCCCCGGGGCCCCCAGCGGGCCCAGCGGAGACCACAGUGAGCUGGUCAUCCGGAUUGCCAGCCUGGAAGUGGAGAACCAGAACCUGCGAGGGGUGGUGCAGGAUCUGCAGCAGGCUGUCUCCCAGCUGGAGGCCCGGCUGAGCGCGCUAGAGAAGAGCUCGCCCGCCCACCGGGCCACAGCUCCGCAGACCCAGCACGUGUCUCCCAUGCGCCAAGUGGAGCCCCCCGCCAGGAAGGUGGCCACCGCCACAGAGGAUGACGAGGACGACGACAUUGACCUGUUCGGCAGCGACGAGGAGGAGGACCGGGAGGCGGCCCGGCUGCGGGAGGAGAGGCUGCGGCAGUACGCCGAGAAGAAGGCCGCAAAGCCUGCCCUGGUGGCCAAGUCCUCCAUCCUCCUGGACGUCAAGCCUUGGGAUGACGAGACGGACAUGGCCCAGCUGGAGGCCUGCGUGCGCUCCAUCCAGCUGGAUGGGCUGACCUGGGGGGGCUCCAAGCUGGUGCCCGUGGGCUACGGCAUCCACAAGCUACAGAUCCAGUGUGUGGUGGAGGACGACAAGGUGGGCACGGACCUCCUGGAAGAGGAGAUCACCAAGUUCGAGGAGCAUGUGCAGAGCGUUGACAUUGCUGCUUUCAACAAGAUCUGAGCCCCGGCACUGGCCUGAGCGUGGGAAGCCUUGCAGCCAAUAAAGACUGAGAUUCCAGCC